AUGAAUGCUAACGAUUAUCCACCACCAAAAUAUGAAGAAAUUCUUAAGAAUGAUACUGACAAUUCAAUUAUUACCGAUACAACAACCACUAAUGUUUCUUCAUUUCCCACAUCAUUAUCACCAUUAGCUGGGAUGAACAUUGCAAGUAGCAAUGGAAAUAUCAUUUCUGUUGCACCAUUUCGUGUUAAUUUCAUUCCCUCAACUGCACCAAUUUUUGGACCGAAUUCUAUUGAAACUGAUUGUCCAUAUUGUCAGGCGCAUAUUGUAACAUCAGUACAAAGGAUAGUCGGUACGUUACCAUGGCUUAUUAUGGGAAUAUGCUUUCUGCUCGGUUUCUUUUUACUUCUUCCAUGGUGCCUUUGCUGUGUUCCAUUCUACAUGGAUAAUUGUCGAGAUGUUGUCCAUUCGUGUCCAUCAUGCAAACGAAUUCUUGGACGUUUUAUUAGGGUUUUUGAAGGAAUAAAAGAAGCAAAGGUAGAGCUGUAUAUUUCCAUAGGCGCCGAAAGGCAUAUGUAUACAUUUAGGGAUUUGAAACUAAGCUUGAGUAAUAUUUGCCCAGGACGUUCCCAACGUUCACCACUAACCUUUGUUGCUUUACGCAUUGUAGUGGAAAAUGAUCAGAAAAAAAGAUUCAAUUGA